AUGACGUUUGGCCCGAUUUUUUGGCCUACUGUUUGGGUCAUACUAUCAUUGACGCUUACGUCGUCAACCUGCAAUCUUCUGAUCAGAAGUCAGGUGCCCCAUGCAACAUUAAGCCAGACAGCAACCGACUUCAACAAAGCAGGACAUGUGGAUAAUGUCGCUCUUCAAUUGUCAAGUGAUUUACGUGUCGAACAAGCCAUGCACGAAAUCAAUCGGAUCAAACGAGCUACCAAAAUUGUCCUUUCAACUUCUAAUCAAAAUGAUCCACAAGGUAUUGAUAUUCCACGAGAUAUAUCAAAAUGA